AUGCCGGGCAAGACCACCCCCGCUCCCCGCAUCACCAAGUUCACCAACUGCCGCUUGGUACGCGGAUCAAGCCUCAUCGAACAAGACCUCUGGAUCGACUCUCUCACCGGCAAAAUCCUCAAAGACCAAGAAGCCUUCUACGAAUUACAUCUUUCCCCCGAUGAAAUCAUCGAUCUCGGCGGCCGCAUUCUGGCCCCGGGUCUCAUCGAUGUUCAGCUGAAUGGUGCCCAGGGCUUCGACUUCUCCGUUCCCUGUGAUACAAAGGAGGAGUAUGAUGAAGGUCUGCGAAUGGUUAACCGCGGCCUCGCACGCACUGGUGUUACCUCAUACCUGCCUACCCUCGUUAGCUCGACCGCCGAGGUUUAUCACAAGGUCCUACCGUCCCUAGGCCCAACAGCAAAAACCCACCAACCCACCGACGGCGCCGAAUCCCUCGGCGCCCACGCCGAAGGACCCUUCAUAAGCCCCGGCCGAAACGGCAUCCACAAAUCCGAAGUCCUCCGCGCAGCCCAAACCUUCGAAGACCUAAUCACCUGUUACGGAAAGGACAAUCUGGACUCAUCCAGUCCAAUCAAAAUGAUAACCGCCGCGCCAGAAGUAGGCAACAUGAUGUCUCAGAUCCCCGAAAUCGCAAAGAGAGACAUAAUCUACGCAAUCGGCCACUCAGACGCAACAUACGAACAAGCCGUAAGCGCAACCCACCAAGGCGCAACAAUGAUAACACACCUCUUCAACGCGAUGCGACCAUUCUACCACCGCAACCCGGGUAUCUUUGGCCUUUUGGGCCAGAGCGAGCGUCGUCGUCCUUAUUAUGGCGUUAUUGCUGAUGGGAUUCAUUUACAUCCUACCUCGAUUAAAAUCGCAUACAAUGCCCAUCCUGAGGGACUUGUUCUUGUCACUGAUGCCAUGCGCCUGUGUGGAUUGCCCGAUGGUGUUUAUGAAUGGACAAACGGCGAACGAAUCGUCAAAACGGGCGCGAGACUUACGCUUGAAGGAUCGGAUAAAAUUGCCGGUAGUUCUGCGACGUUGAUUGAGUGCGUUAAUAAUUUUCGACGGUGGUCAGGUGCGUCGACGGCGCAGGCUAUUAAUGCUGCUACGGCUGUUCCCGCGCGAUUGUUGGGGAUGCAGGGGGUUAAGGGGUCUUUGGAUGCGGGGGCGGAUGCGGAUUUGGUUGUUUUGGGAGAGAGUGAUGAUGAUUAUUCGGGGAAUACUUUGACGGUUGAUCAGGUUUGGAAGUUUGGGGCUAAGAUUUUUGAUUCGGAGGUUAAGGGUGGUGGUGCUGUUGCUGUUUGA